AUGAGUUCCUCAAUCUCCCUGUCCUCCGUCACUAUGGCGGGGUCAGGUGCAACUCGAUCAGCUCUUUCACAAUUAGUGGCCACACGUACCUCCCGAAACCACAGUAUAUGGUGCAGUGCUCGCAACUACCAUAGCAUCCGUGAGAAAAUGGAGCGUAUUGCUGAAUCCAUCGAUAAAUACCAACGUCACCCCCAACCCAACCUCCGCCGGAAGACGAAAGCCUGCAAUAGCUGGCCCGCCACAGCCCACAGAGACCCCAGUAGCAGCAAGGGCUGGUCCACGCACUGGCCCCAAUCUUUCCGCUUCUCUGAACUCUUCGGUCGAGACAAGACGUAUUGGGACGCCGAGCUUGAGCAGAUGAACCACCGUAUCGCACAUCUGAAGAGACAGGUUGCCCGAGACCCCUACGAAGCUAUCUUUGGUCGCAGAGUACAUUCGUCGCACUAUAUGGACCAGUCUGAUACUGCUACCGCUUGGCCGGGUUUCCUGCGAACUUUCUUGGGAGCCGAGAAGCCUAUGACGAAUCACCCGUCCAAGGUGCAUCUCCAGGAUUUCAAUUUUACUCAGUUGCCUGCUCAAUCUAGGGCUUCAAAUCGCCUGGAUACUCUUGAAUAUGACCCUAUCAGUGGCCGUAUGGCCCCGAAAGCACCGAAGCCGCAGACUGGAAGUGAGAGCACGAUGCAAAGCUCUAACGCAGGCGUUGACUGUUCCCCGGGUAGCGAAUUGGAGACCAAAGUUGCUUCUGACUUCAACCUUGACUCCCAGCACAAGGAGGCAACUUCUGUCGAUUGCUCCUCAGAUAGUGAGCUUGAAUCAAGGAUUGUCGCCGAGACUACUCGUGCUCAGCUGUCUGAUCCAACUAUCGACUGCUCCCCAGGCAGUGAGUUGGAGGCAUUGUUCACGACUAACCCGGCUACUGUCCAAGUCUCCCACUACCCCCCGGUUAUGGCCACGGCCGAUGCCGCCGUCAAGAAGGCUAACGUCACCGUUGACUGCACGCCCGGCAAUGGGCUAGAGGCCAAGUUACUCUCUGAUGCCGCUAGCGCCGAGAUCCAUGGCGAAAGUGAGGACUUGACUGCUCUGGACGCUAGUGACAUUCGGGCCCGUUAUACCUCACUGAAGAGCGACGGCAUCCAGUUCCAGGGACUAAAAGACACCGAAUUCGACGCCUCCAAUGAUCGUGUCGGCGACUUCCUGCAAAGCCAGAACGCCCCUGUUGCAACUCAGCAAUGGUCCCAAACCGAGUAUCGUAUUCUAGCCUACGACACCACCGCAGCAGCAGUGACAACCGCCGAGUCAGACUCCUUCUUCGGUGCCAACGAACCCGUCCAACCCCAUGAGAUCUUCUCCCGUCUGCACAAUCCAGGCAAAUUCGUACCCUACUUCGCACAGAUGCAGCAAGACGGAUAUGAAAUCGCAACUGGUGGUGGUGACAUCCUGGUCUUCAAGCGGUCCGUCAAGCCGAUCAAGCAUACUCCCGCUGCCGCCCAGCAGGACUCUAUCUCUGAGGAUGUUCAAGCCGAUAUCGCCAGCUAUCUGAACAACGACUCUUAUGAUUCAACCAGCUUUGUCCACCACUAUCACCCGUCUUCCACCACCAAGCCCUCGACAUCCGGACACUCCACUUCCACUUCCACUUCCAGUGCCAACCCAAGCUCCAGCUCCAGCUCCAGCUCCAGCUUUGGUUCCGGAUCUGACUCGGACCCGAACUCAACUCUUCACUCAAACUCAUCAUCCGCGAAGCCAAAAUCAAAAUCCACUUUUCGCAAGGUCUUCCGCAGAAUGAUCCUCACCGGCACUAUUACCGCGGGAUCAUGUUAUGCUAUCGGCGUUGUGACCGAGUAUUUCCGUACAGGAGGGCAGGAUGGGUAUGGUGUGGAUGGGUUCACGGCUUUUGAGUCGGAGAGACGUCAUCGGGAGUAG